UAAAUAUAUCUCUAACUCUGUUCACAUCUUUCAGACAAUCCUCAGAGCCCUAUCAGGACCUGAUCCAGCUCCAGAUCCUGGGGAACUAAGAACCAUGCUGAGCUUCUGCUUUCUGGCUCUGGCCCUUCUGUCAAUGCUGGGCGUGAGUACCCAGGCCUUUGAUGAUGACCUUGUCAAAUGCUUUGAAGACCCCCAGUAUGAAGAACUACUACAGCUGGCUCAAGACGGGCUGGGGCCGACAGCUGAAAAGAAACGGAUAGUGGUGAUUGGGGCAGGCAUGGCUGGACUCACAGCUGCCAAGAUUUUGCAGGAUGCUGGCCACCAGGUGACUGUCCUGGAGGCUUCAGGGCGUGUAGGUGGCAGAAUUGAGACCCAUAGAGUUCCUGGAACACAGUUGUACAUAGAGUUGGGUGCCAUGAGGAUCCCCAUCAACCACAGGCUCUGUCAUGAGUUUAUUAGGAAACUGGGGCUGACCCUCAAGGAGUUUUUCCCCUCCAACAACCAGACCUGGGUGCUGAUCAAUGGAGUACGGCAGCGCACGGGGAUUGUGCAGGCUGACCCCAGCCUGCUAGGGUACCCAGUCAGAGCAGAUGAGGUGGGGAAGACAGCUGAACAGCUCUUUGAUGAAGCAUUGAGAAAGCUGGUGGAGGAGCUGAAGAACAGUAGCUGCAGCCAGAUUCUGGAGAAGUAUGACUCCUUCUCCACCAAGGAGUACCUGAUCAAAGUGGGGAAUCUGAGUCGUGGGGCAGUGCAGAUGAUCGGGGACCUGCUGAACACAGACUCUGGCUACUACGAGUCCUUCAUAGAAACUCUGCGUGACCAGAUCAUCUUCUCUCAGGAAUCUCGGUUCCAUGAAAUCGUUGGAGGCUUUGACCAACUCCCUCAGGCCCUUCAUGGUGCCCUCUUGCCAGGGACAGUCUUGUUUCACUCACCAGCAGAGGAAGUAGAGAUAUCUAGAGACCAUGUCAAUGUCACCUUCAGAACAGAGACCGGCCGGAAAUUGGUAGGAUUUUUGGAGGUGACAGUUUGCCCCAGACGAGUGAAUCUCCGCCACACAGUGCAGCGCAGAGGUCCGGACCCGCCAGCCGUGUCAGCCGCUGCCCACGUGACUCAAUUCUGUGACCUCCCGCCCGCUGGCGACCGCUCACCCACGGCCCCCCGCAACUGGUCGGCCCAGCAGGUAAGGCGCAGGGACUCUAGGAAGAAGUCUCUAGCCAGGCUUUCAUGA